GCCACACCCGACACGAGCACUGUGUUUCUGAGCGUCUUUCACAACGUAUACAUUAGCAGAGGUUGAAUAGUAAUAGAUUACAUGAAAUCAGUAUUUGCUGUAAGACCAAAACAAAUGAAUCAAAUUUUGUUAUAAGUCAAAAAAAAUGAAUCACGUUAGAAAAAUGUGUGAUUAAAUGAUGGUUGCACUGUAAAGAAUCACUUGUUUACACCUUUUGAAUAUUGCAGUUUCAACUAAACAUGUUUAGAUGGUAACCAAUGCUCCAUUAAACCAUGUCAGACACACAGGGUUUCUUGGACAUGAGCUCCGCUUUGUGGUUGACAUACAACACAACCCUGACUGCAGCUGCUAAUGUGUGAACUGCGUCACUUUAAGCAGCCUUUAUGAUGAAAUGAUUUCUGACCCACAGCUAACAGAUGAUUCACUCAUCAAAUAUGUUACGGCACCCGGUGCUGUGAGUGUAUUUUGUGUUGUUUUCUUUCACCCAUUCAGGUGACCCCCUCCUCCUCCUCCCUGUGAGUGUGUGGAUCGCACACCUGAGGCUACUUGCCAUUUAGGCCAUGUGGUAUAAAGGUGCUGCAGAUGCCAGUGGGCUGGGGGUGGCAGCGAUAUGCAGGAGCCAGAGUUACAGAGCUACAGCGCUACAGCGCUACAGCGUGUAGUGUGUUUUUGUUGUGACCAUGGCCAUGUGGGCUAACGAGUGUAUUUUGUGGGCAAUAAAGCUGUUUUGAGUUGCAAUUUUGCCACAGUUUUCUGUACAGUCAUGCCACUUUGGGUGUUUGGGGAGUUCAUGGAUGAUUUCCUACUGGUGUCAGAGAAGAAGAUGAAGUCACUUUUAAGCAGUUAGCAAUAAAGGUUGCUGGCUUAAGGAUAGCAUGUCUCUCAUUACCUCAGGAAUGUUUCAGAUGGCAAGAAAAUGCAUUGUGUAUUCCAGUAAAAUAAUGCAGAGUGUGGAAGAGAGGUGCUGUGAUGAAAAGAUGCUUCAGUUAAUGUUUCAAACAUUUGGUUUGUUUCUCUGUGAUCAAAUAUUCUGUUUACAUAUAAGAAUAUAUAUAUAAGUAUACAUGCCCCUCCUGUGAUCUGCUUGAAUUAUGCAGAGGAUUAUUAAUUAAAGCUCAUUCUUUCAGGGAUUAAAUAUCUCAGAACAGACCACUGCCUUUGAAAAACUUAUUCAGUAGGGUAGCUUGUUCGUUCAGGAAAUAUCUAUCAGAGUGGAUUACAACCUCAAUAAGUGUAGUUAUUACAUAUAUUUCCUACUGCCUUUAAAGGCAGCAUCAGGAUGUCAGCUUUGAGUAAAUAAAGGUGUGAACACAGUGGCACACACGUAUGACUUGGAACACUUUCGUUAUCAAUACCACACAUAGGUUCAGCCUCGAAACCAAAGAUAUUUGAGUAUCACCUGGGGAAGUUCAGUCCACAAACCAGUUGGUGAAUGUGUUCUUUUGGCAGAUUCAGUCUAAUGAGCUGUUGAUCUUGGGCACUAAAAUAGAUCAGAUCGCCAAUUUUUAUCUGUUUUUCUUUUAAUUACGUAGGUAAUACAAAAGGAAUCCAACAAGGAAGACUGCUGUGUCAGUAUGCACUCAUGCUAAUAACAAGAUAACCCCCACAGACUUGCAGACAGUGUACCGUGUGAAGAUAAAUGAUGUCGGGGGAAAGACAACAACUACAGGUGGCUUUGUGUCGCUACACCACAGAUACCCUCACUUACUUUGACACAGUGAGAGGAUUCUGUCACAGGAUCUCGUCAUGGAUGGAUGCAAGGAAGACAGAGUUGGUCCACAUGAUGGACAUAAAAGACAGAGCUGACAAGAUUGACCUGAGCUUUAGCCAUGUUACCCAGUCACAGACCAAAGGUAAGGCUCUGUGGGAAUAUAUUAAGAACAAGGUAACCAUAAAGUCUGCUGACAGCAGCCGUGCAAAGCUGCAGAAAGAGUUGGCGGAUGUGUUAAAGUUCACUCUGGGAGGUCUGAAGAAGCUCGACCACUUCCUGGAGGCAGUGGAGAAGCUGGCGGUCACCUCACUUCAUGUGUUCAUGGAGGAGAACCAGAUGUUAGACCUGCCCAAAGGAAUCAGCCUUGAACAUGUUCAGGUUGUCAUCACUGUUGCACGACUAAUCUGCCCUCUCCUCCUCGAGUUCAAAAGAGAUGCAAGUGUCUUCUUCCUCCCCAAACUUCAGAAUGUGGAAGUGUUGUCACACCAGCUGCACAAAUACACAGAGACCGCCUGGAUAAUCUGUAAUAUGUUGGAGAAAAGUCAACGUCUCCUGAGCAUGACGACGACAACUCUGGCAGACCUCGGUGUAAAUUUGUCUGAAGAUGACGCACAAAGAAUUAUUUGUCACAUUAAUCAGCAAGUUGAGCUGGGACUACUAUUUCAGAGAGCAACCACAAAACCUGUUGUGGACCUUGAUGUGGAUUUGUCUGAAGAUGAAAUACAAACCAUGCUUGGUCACAUUAAUCAGCUUAAUGAAAUCAGGAUGGACCAGAACUUCAGGCUGGUGUUCUUGUUCCAGGAUGUUUCAUGUUCUGGCUUCAUCAGUAAGUUCAAUGAACAACAACCCAGGAUGCUGCAGUUUCUAGCAGACCUGGAGGAGGGGGCUGUUCAGCUAGACAAGAUGAAUAAGGGGGCAAAGAUCUCCAGUGUGGCAGGCAGCUCAGUGGGGGCAGUUGGAGGUGUGCUUUCCAUUGUUGGUUUGGCAUUAAUUCCUGUAACAGCAGGAGUGUCUGUAGGUCUGAUAGCAGGUGGGGUGGCACUGGGAGUGACCAGUGGAGUCAACAGUGCUGUCACCACCGCCACAGAGAUUGGAGUAAACCAUACACAACAAAAGAAAGCUAGUGAAGUCUUCCAGAGAUUCAUGGAGGAUGUUCAGAGUCUCCAGGGUUGUCUGGAGGAGGUCAUGGGUCAAAUAGGCACCAACUUAGAGGCAAAUGACAUAGAAUUAGUUGUUGGAAUUGGCAAGGUGCUCAGUAAAGUUGGUACUGUUGGAAAAGGUAUUGAUUCGCUUGUUGACGCUGCCUCUGCCUUGAAGUUGUUGAACAGCGAAGAGGUGAUUGUAAGUGCUGGCAGGGUGGUCGCUCAGGAAGGCAAAGCAUUGCGCAACGUGCCCAGGGUGGCCUCAGAUAUCCCAGAUAUUGGUCAGGCAGCAGUCAAAGGGCCUCUUGCUCUUACUAAGUCAGCCAGAGCAGGGUUCAUUGCACUCAAUGCUCUUUUCCUUGGCAUGGAUGUCUUCUUCAUCUGUAAGGAUAGUUACAGUCUGUCUAAAGGCAGCGAGACUGAAGUCUCACAGUUUAUCAGAGCUAGAGCUGCACUUUGGAGCUCAGAGAUGGACACAUGGAAGAAGAUCCAUGACUCCCUGUGUGAAGGUCAGAAGACAUCAAAGGAACACCGAGCCGUCCUGGACAAGACAUUUUAUCCAAGGAGGUAGAUAGAGAGCAGAGAUUAAAAUGAAAUAUCCACUUGAUCAAGUGAAUGAACCGUGUGAUUAUCAGAAUCAAACAUCAUUUAACAUGAUUCAUUGCGUCCCUGUAUAUUAACUAUCACAUGGCCAGUAUGAGUGUUGUCACUAUGAAGCUUGUCUCAGAGCAUAAUGUUGGUGUACCAGAAACAGAUUUUUGUUGUGUAAGUGAACAUCUUUUACUAUAAAGCUGCAAUAUAUUGCAUUUUGUAAUUAUUCUAUAUAUAUCUGAUGAAAACAUUUUUCUCUCUCAUACCAAAUAGAACUUAGUUUUUAGAUGAACUUCUUUUUCUGUAUUUGACACAUAGUAGCCAAUACAUAUUAGUAGUUGGAUGGUUGUUGAUUUGUCUGUGUGUUUGAUUUAUCUGCUAGUAAAAAAAUGUUUGUACUAAACUUUACAGUCAAUA